AUGCUGUUGAUUCUGCUGUCAGUGGCCCUGCUGGCCCUGAGCUCAGCUCAGAACUUAAAUGAAGAUGUCAGCCAGGAAGAAUCUCCCUCCCUAAUAUCAGAACAUCAACAAGGACAACCCCAAAAAGGACAACCCCAACAAGGAGGCAAGAAUCCCCAAGGUCCCCAGUCUCCUCCAGGAAAUGCACAAGGACCACCCCAACAAGGAGGCAAUGAAGCUCAAGGUCCCUCACCUCAAGGAAAGCCACAAGGACCACCCCAACAAGGAGACAAGAAAUCUCAAGGUCCCUCACCUCCAGGAAGGCAACAAGGACCACCCCAACAAGGAGGCAACAGACCUCAAGGUCCCUCACCUCCAGGAAGGCAACAAGGACCACCCCAACAAGGAGGCAACAGACCUCAAGGUCCCUCACCUCCAGGAAGGCAACAAGGACCAGCCCAACAAGGAGGCAAUUCCCAGCAGGCUGGGCCACCUCCUGCUGGAAACCCCCAGGGCCCACCAUCCUCUCCUCAAGGGGGCAGACCCGCCGGACCUCCCCAGGGACAGUCUCCCCAGUAA